AUGAGCAGCAGUGACGACAGCAGCAGUGAAUCACACCCAGUGACACAUUUAGUCCCAAUUGCUAAGCCUCUUGCCGAUGAGAAAAUGCAACAGAAAUUGAAGAAGUUAUUAAAGGAAGCGAUAGACGACAAGUGUUUGAAACGUGGGAUUAAAGACACUAUGAAAACAGCAACAACAUGCAAAGAUGGUGAAAAGCUCUCAAAGUCUCUUUGUAUAAUUGCUGGGGAUGUCACACCAAUCGACAUCAUCACACACAUCCCUUCUUAUAUGAAGUCUGUCGGUGUCGCUUACAUCUACGUCGACUCCAGAAAAACUUUGGGUGAAAUGUCCGGCUCGGAACACCUUACAACUUGCGCCUUGGUUUUCCCAACCAAAGACAAUUCCUGCUACAAGGCUUGCCAGAAAAUUGUCAAAGAACUCAAAAAAGAUUGA